GGCUCCGCACGAGCGCAUUGCACGUGCGGGAGAGUAUUCCGUAGAACCCACCUGUGUCCUCACUGUUCCUCCCACAACCUCUUCGUUCUCUCCUCCGUCCUUCCGCCGCCGCCGCCGCCUCCUCCGCUGCGUGGUGAAGCAUUCGAGGACGCCAGCGAUGUCCUUCAGAGCACAAGAGAUCUACAAGAAGAUCGUUCGGAAGGUGGGAGACUCGGUGCCGGCGGAGGUGCUGGAAUCAGUGAGGAAGGGCCUCCCCAACAACAAGCUCGUCAUGGGCAGGGCCAAGCGCGGCAUCUACGCAGGCCGCCACAUCCAGUUCGGCAACAAGAUCAGCGAGGAUGGCGGCAACAAGUCUAGACGGACAUGGAAGCCUAAUGUACAAACAAAGCGCUUGUUCAGUUAUAUCCAUGAUAGACACAUCCGGGUCAAGGUUACAACACAUGCUCUCAGGUGCAUUGACAAAGCUGGUGGCAUAGACGAGUACCUUCUGAAAACACCUUACAAUAUAAUGGAGACGGAGAUGGGCUUAUUUUGGAAGACCAAGGUUGAGAAGAUGUAUGAGCAGCUUGGAAAUAUGGAAGUGGGUUUCUUCUCUCCUGAAGAGGAAGCCAAGAUUGAAAAGGGCUUGGAAGAACUCAAGAUCGCCAAGAGGGAGGCUCGAAGGGAAGCAAGAAGAGCUCUGGCAAAACAAAGGCAGAUAGAAGAAGGAAGAGUCAAUAGUAAUGAGACAAUAGAAGCAAAGCAGAUUGAGGAAGGGAUGCCUGAUAAUGUGACGAAGGCUGAGCAAGAGGCUCCUCACCUGUCAUGAUUGGUGAGCCAACUCAUUUAUCUUGCUCCGUUCAUCCUCUUUAGCCUUAUCUAGGUCAAUAAAGCUAUAGGAGCUCACUAUUUUAUAGUUUGUAGCAGAAUAGAGUUGAAGAUGGAAAGCAGGUCAUGAGGAGAGGAUCAAUAAAUGCCAUCAGAAGCAGAGGGGCCUGACCAAGGCCUCCAAGGUGGAGUUUUCUUUUAUUAAUCAAAUUGGCUUAACUAGGUCAACUCUUUUAUAACUGCACGGAACAAUGUUGUUGAUCUUUUGUAUGUAACCGGGCAUGAUGUUUGGCCCUUAAAGUUUUGACUUAAUACCUUCCAUAUUGGAAGUGUUAAUUGAAUACAGGAUUGAUAAAUUGUACAGCUAUCUUGUUUAGCUGAAAGAUAUUUCAUGGUUCAUGCAAGUUUGGCCAUCAUACUUUGCGUUCA